AUGCAAACACCAGCGAGAAAUAGACGUGAAUUGAGAAGCCAGCUUAGAAGAGCUGUGCUGGCAGCAAUUGAAGUGUGUAGAGAAGUGAUCCAGGAGGAGAUCGACCAUCUCGAAGAAAACACCCACCGGCCGUGGGUGCGCCAGUGGAUUUCUCAACGACGUGUUGCAGGGGCAUCCGCCGUUCUGCUGCGGGAGUUAUCAGUGGAAAAUGCUCACGAAUAUAGAAACCAUCUGCGCUUGUCACCAAAUCAACUGGAGCAGCUUCUGACGUCAGUAUUCCGGAUACCAAAAUCAACAUUUUCAAUGCUGCUCCCCGAAGUUUGCGAUGCGAUUUUCAACGUGCUGAAGGAGUUCAUAAAGGUUCCGAGUGGUCCUGCCGAGUGGAGGCAGAUCGCCCAAGGGUUUGAAGAGCGAUGGAAUUUCCCGGGGUGUUGUGGAGCCAUCGACGGGAAACACAUAACCAUUCAAGCCCCGCCAAACUCCGGGACACAAUUUUAUAAUUAUCGAGGGACAAAUUCCUUAGUUCUCCUGGCAGUUGCGGACCAUGAAUCCCGAUUUCUAUAUAUUGAUAUCGGCCGAAACGGAGUAAUGUCCGACGGUGGAGUGUUCGGCAGCAGCGCGUUGCACCCUGCCCUGGAAGGGGGUAUGUUACCAGAGGGCCAUUGUUUCGUGGGUGACGAUGCGUUUCCUCUGAAACCAUAUUUACUAAAACUGUACAAGGGCACGCAACUGUCCAGGGGGCAGAAAAUUUUUAAUUACCGUCUGAGCCGUGCCCGCCGCACGGUGGAGAGUGCGUUUGGUAUCCUGGCGAGUCGAUUUCGAAUCCUCUACACCAGGAUACCAUGCGCAUUGUCCACCGUGGACAAAAUAGUUAUGGCGUGUUGCGCGCUUCAUAACUGGCUGCGGUCAACAAACGAGGAAAUACCUCCUCCCCCCGCCCCCCCGGCUGAGGCUGCCGAAGUUCCCCUACCGUUCGCAGCACCUUCAUUGGAUACAGCAAGUGCGGCGGCAAGGCUCUUCAGGAUACAGGAUUGCCUCCAAAUAAGCAAGUGGCUCGGGACCGAACAGUUGCUUAUUUCGAAGCAGGUUGCUAUUCAGCUUGACUUUGUUCUCGAUAUAGUAAUUCCUCCGAGAUUGCGACUGUGGUCAGAAUCGAAAUGUUGCAAUGAUGGUAGAGGAGACUCGAAAUUCUAUGACUGGGCGGCAAGACUGUCGCCGCGGCUCGCCUUUGUAGUAAAAGAGGGUCGUAAAAGAGAAGGAUAG